AUGAAAGCAAUCGCUCGUACUGCCCUCCUCCUGUCCCUCGCUAUACCUUCCAUAAUCACAGCUUCCGGAUCAGGAUCAGUCCCAAUUCAACGACCCUUCGACGUAAUAUCGAAUCAAGAUGUGGAGAGAUACGAUGAUGAGAAAGUAUGGAGGAUAGACUGGAGUACUAUGAAUGACAGUAAGAAGAAAGAAGUUAUGGAUGUCGUUGAGUUGCUCGAUCUCGACGUUUGGCAUACCUCUCAGAGAUCUAUCGAUGUCCGACUGAACUCUAAGCAGCUAGAAGUAUUAUAUGGUUAUUUACCAAAUGAGGCCUUUCAUCCUUUCAUAAAUGAUUUACAAUCACUUGUCGAUUUAUCAUCUGUCCAAGAAGAAGAGUACGACUAUAUACCAUCUAAAGUCUCGGGAGAAAUACGACAAGAGUCAGUAGAACGAGAAUUGUUCGAGCUGAUGAAGAAAAAGAAGAAGAAAGGUAAAGGCAAGACCAAACCCAAACCCUCUUUACCUCCUAUCGACCCUUACAAUCUUACGACGAUCGAUACGCCUUUCCACGACAAGUUUCACUCUUUGAAAGAGAUCUACAAAUUCGGUGAUACGCUGAUAUCAACUUUCAACGAUACUCAUCAAAAUAUUUCUGGUAUACAUAUCAAAGAGGUUGAUAUCGGUAAAACAUAUGAGAAUAGGACGAUUAAAGGUUGGUCAGCCAAGAUUCACCAUAACAAGACUGGAGAAGGGGAUCCUGGAUAUCCGACGGUGAUGGUGGAUGAAGAGGAAGUUGAGUUGGAAUAUGUGGUGAUUGCUGGACAACAUGGUAGGGAAUGGGUCGGUCCUUCUUCCGCUUUGUAUUUCCUACACCACCUCUUACUUCGAGCUGCUGAAGAUCCCAAAUCCGACUCUGCAAUCUUAUUGAGAUCGUUUAGGUUCACCGUGGUACCGCAGAUCAACCCUGAUGGGUAUGAGUAUAGUAGAGAUAAAAGCAGGAUGUGGAGGAAGAAUAGACAGGAGGUAGGCGGGAAAGGGAAAUGUUUGGGAAUCGACUUGAACUCCAACUGGGGCUAUAAAUGGCGAUCAUCCAGAUCGACAGCCUGUUCAGAAGGUUAUGGUGGCAGGGAAGCGUUUGAAGCGUACGAAACGAAAGCUGCGUCAGAGUAUCUUUCAGGUGCAGCUGAGAGGGGUAAUAGAGUGAGAGCUUUUGUGGAUUUACAUUCCUACGGCCAAUUAUUCAUGUUUCCCUUUGCCCACUCAUGCGAUGAUUUCCCACCCGACGCGGAGAUGUUGAUGGAAGCUGGAUUGGGAGUGGCCAAAGCGAUGAGAACGAAACAGGGUGAAGGGUAUGAAGCUGGACAAGCUUGUGAUUUGACCUAUCGUGCUCCUGGUGAUGCGAUAGAUUAUAGUUACGGAGUAACAGACGUUAGGUGGUCGUACUCUGCCGAAUUGAGAGAUACAGGUACUUACGGUUUCAUGCUGCCACCUAAACUUAUCAGACCGACUGCCGACGAGAUCACAGCUGGUUUGAUGUAUUUGGCUAAAUUCAUUUACGCUCUGGAGGUGAAUCCGCCUUAG